GUAGAUGACAGCGGAUUGGCUUCUUUUGCUGCCAACGCGCCGAAGCAAAUCCUCAAAGAGCUCAUGCUGAUGGUGAGAUCCGACCUAAUUUUCUUUGUCUCAUAUCUGAUUGUUUUAAUAAUGUGAAGCUGGAGAUCUGUGAAACGUGUGCUGCGGAGUGUUUCCUCUUCUGUUUGGAUUAUUGAUGGCUGUAAGACUAGUUUAAAGGAUCGCUGGUUGCAUCGAUUAAGGAAUAAUGUAAUAUGAAAAUAUGACAGCUGCGAGUGCAAGAUCCUUCAAUCGUGUCGGGAGUCUCAUGAGGAGCAAAUCUGAGGGGACGCUGGUUGAUCUGGAUGUCAGUGGCUCAACGAGCAACAACCUGAAUGGUGGUUAUGCAAAACAAAUCUCACAGAACUCCAAGUGGGCACUUUUACAGCCAGAUGUCGCACAUCAAUCUCAGGCAAAAAACCCCUUUUGGAACAAACUGUCAGGAUCAAACCCUUUCUUAGAUGACAUUAUACAUAGCAGCACAGACAAAUAUAUCUCCAAUACAUCAAAUCUAAAACAAGACAAUGAAAAGCAUCAGGACACAAAUGAUGAUGACAUCAGCUCAUCUUCAGAUGAAGGAAAGGUGGGGAACUUUUUGGAAAACAAACACAAAGCCACCAACAGAUCUGGGCGAUGGAUGAGCACUUCAGACAUUCUGGAUGGUGUGGAGAGGAAGGUGCCAAAACGAGACAACAGUUUCAGGCCUCCCGGGUCAGUGCUGAAUCCAGAUUUUGAGUGGCUGAAGAAUGACAGAGAGGCCUAUAAGAUGGCCUGGCUGAGCCACAGGCAGCUAACCCGCUCAUGCCUGGACCUAAAUCUGAUGAGCCAGAGUCCAGGCUGGGCUCAGACCCAGGCCACUGACUUUCAGGUGAUUUGCAGGAUUGGUCACAGUGGAGGCACGGUACAGCUACCAGAGUUGGACGUUAGCAUCCAUAUCCCAGAAGAUCAUGUUCCUCCUGGAGAUGUCCAGGAAGUUACAUUGAAAGCAAUGCUAGACCCUCCUCCUGGACUCAAUAACAACUACGUGACAACCAUGAGUCCACUUCUGGAGGUGAUGCUCAGCAACAUCAACACAAAGGAGCGUAUCUCACUGGAGAUGAAACUGUCCGGAGAGGUGAAGUCUGACCCUCUAAGUCAGGUGAUGACUACAGUGGUCGGGCUGGUGUCCAACAAAAGAGAGGGACCUUAUCUCAAAGUGGAAGACUGUUACAUUCACAAGAACAGGAUGCAGAUGAAGCUCCAGGACCUGAAGACACAUUUUUACGUGAUUGCUGUCGCGGAGGCCUCUGCAAUCCAGUCCCCUGCUACAUCAGUGUGGGAUUACCUUCACCGCCAAAUCACUGUAGCAGUUUAUGGUCCCAGGUACAUCCAUCCAUCAUUCAAGGUUGUAAUAGUGGUCUGCUGUCACGAGAACGUCCCACCAAAGCUUCCAUUUUCAGAUAUCUGCAGAGGCAACAAAAGCCUGCCUCCACUAAUGUUGCAGCUUUUGGGAAAACACUGGUUUAAGCCAGACAAAGUGAAUGACCUGCAUAUCAGAGUUAGCAUCACAGGCUCCAUGUUUAAACUCAAACCUGAGGACAACCUGAAAGAAGUGAGGCAAAGUCAGCUCAAAAUAGGAACAGUUUUGCAUCUACCAGUUGCAUUAUCUUGUCCUGGUAAUACAGAAAUGACUCCUUUUAAACUAGAUCUACAAGUGACAGAGUCAAACACUGCAACUGUUACACAUUUCCAGGUGCCCUCCCCUCCAGCAGCACCCGUUAGGUCAGAAAAACGCGUGCCAAGACAGACUGAAAUUGCAAGAACCUCACCUAUUCCUGAGGAAAGCAUUCCAGAUUUCCCCAAAUUUGAAAACAAACCUUUGAACCUGCAGUGGUACGGUGUAGCCCUAAAAUCAGUUUGCCGUCAGCCGCAUGUAGACUACCUACUGGAAUACUUUAAGGGGGACACAGUGGCUAUCCUUUCCAGAAAGACUGUUCAGUCAGUUGGCAAUUCAAAGGUAAAGGAGUGGUAUAUCGGAUUCCUCCAAGGCAGGACUGGUUUGGUUCACUGCAAAAACAUCAAACUGGUCACCAGAGACCAGGUGAUAGACUUCACUGGAAUUGAAGUCACCACAGAGGUCCUCCUGGACAACAUGACGCUGCCCUUCAAAAAGCUCACUUAUAUGUACUCUGCCAUCCAGACACUGGUCACUGAGCAUAUAACCAGCUGGAGAAAUUUUGCUGAUGCACUGGGGUACAGCACCUUGUCGUUGGACAAAAUCACAUGGAGGCACACUGAGACUGAGGCGGAUAAGGUGGCCUGUGUUCUGGAAAAGCUGAAGGAGGACUGUCACAGUGAGAACAGAAAAAAGUUUCUGCAUGAGCUCAUGGCGGGUCUCAUGAAGAUGGGCUCUGUGUAUGUCGUUGCCCGGCUCAUUCAGAACACUGUCACCCUGUCCGCUGCUGUGGAGCUCGGAGCUCGAUGGCGAGAGCUCGCUGAGAAGAUGGGAAAACUCUCCAGUGCUCAGAUAGCUGGCUAUGAGGCGCCACACCGAGGGAAGAGUGGAGAAGUUAGUCCCCAGUCAAUGUGGAAGCCUGCCUAUGACUUCCUGUACUCCUGGAGUCUGCGCUAUGGAGACAGCUACAGGGACAUGAUCCAGGAUCUGCACCUGGUCCUGGACAAAAUGAAAAACCCUCCCACCAAACAGUGGAGGCAACUGACUGGUGCCCUCAUCACAGCAAGCUGCCUCAAUAUCUUUCGAGCCUCUGCUUACCCGAAAAGCUAAACCUUCUGUGAACAUACUCUAGUGAUGACAGCAACCUCCACACACUCGGGGAAAACGUAGAGAGAGAGGGUUUUGUUACACUGCAGGGUGGUGUUACUUUACUUAUUCUGUUGUCCUGUAGCUUUGUCCUUUUUUAUUUUUAUUUGUUUACAAAGCAAUAGAAACAACUUUACUGAAAUCCUUUCAGAUACUUGCACUACAUGUUUAGAUAUCACUUGAUGAAUGCACAGUAUGUUCACACACUGAGCUGUGAAGGAUGUCACUUAAUCUCGCAAACAGAAGAAAUGAAGUCUAAUUUGUUUUUAUGUCUGUGCAAAUGUGAUAAAGCCUCAACAUAAAAUUUCAUUUUUCAGUUUAUUAAACAUGCUAUCCUACCUAAACCUAAAUCUACAGUAGUUAGCAGCUAGCAUCCUUCUUUACAUUUAAAAAAUAGAUACUUGGAUACAUUUCUGUUAUUUUAAUCAUACAAUGUACCCAAUGAAUUAACUGUUUCUACCAGUCCACAUUAGACAAACUGAGCACAUUGUAUCUGUCGUUCUGAUUAUUUAUGCAUCAAAUUAGGUUUUUUAAUGCUAUGCUACUAUAACUUUUGCGGUGCCUAUGAGCUUUUUCAGAGUCUUCCAUAAGAGUUUAAUCAUUUAAUCUGUCCCAAAUUAUAUUCAGUUCCUACAAUAGGAUCCAUAUC